GCCACUUUUAGGACUCUGCAUUCAUCAAACAUGACUGUAAAAGCUGCCAUAGUGUUUGCGGUGGCGUUGAUACCAUCAAUUGCGCCAGCUUUCUGUCCUGAUGGUAAGCUGGAAGAAAGUGAUAUCGAAGCUGCGCUUGCAAAAAUCAACGAGAAACGAUCGAUUGUUGUAAAAGGGAAUGCAGACCCCCUGCCAGCGGGGAAGAACAUGAAUAAAAUAGAUUGGAGUUGCACCUUAGAGGAAGAAGCUUCCGCUUUUCUUAGUAACUGCAACGGAUUCCCAGCGGAUAAGGCAUAUAUGUAUUGGGCUGAGGAUGAUAAUACAGUUGACGAAGUCAUUGACCAAUGGUAUAAACAAGGGCUUGCCGCUGAUAAUCUUGAAUCACUCAUUGAUUCCGAAAAGUCAAAGGUUGCAUACAACAGCGAUUCAUAUUCAGCCACCGAAUUCGCUAAUCUCAUUCGAGCUUCAACAACAGAAAUUGGCUGUGCACGAGCAUCUGGAGGAGAUUGCGAGGAUAUCUAUGUGCUCUGCUUUACAAAUCAACCACAACUAGAGAACGGAGAUACCAUAUACGAGGUCGGAGAUGGAGCAUGUAGUGAUGGGAGCUGUGAUUCUGGUAGUUGCAACACUGGCACUGGACUAUGUGAAAUUGCCGCCGAGACCACGACAACAGCAGCAAAAGAAACUGCUACCACCAAGCCAGCCAGCUAUCCUGGAGAGCUACCCAGCGGAACCAAUACACAGUGCUCGAGCAACGUCGGAAUGACCGAUGAACUCAGAAUGCAAUUCCUGGACACGCAGAACUACAGAAGAAGCAUUCUCGCAAAAGGCCAAGUCCCAAGACCAAGCGGAAACUAUCUACCAACUGGAGCAAAUAUCAUAAAACUGAACUUCAGCUGUGCUCUGGAAAAGGAAGCUAUUCAAGAAGUACGACAAUGUCCUACAUCUAAGACAACCAAUGGUACGUAUGGUAAAAACUUCGACACUUUCGCAUCGACUACACUUACAUCAACUUACAGAGAUGCAGUAAAAAAGGCUGUGACAAAUUGGUGGAAAGUGGUCCGUAAGGAGAGCAAUGGUCCAGGAAUGCAAGUGACAUUCCGUAGUAAUCAUGUUAAUCAACCUGUAGAAACGUAUACCCAGAUUGCUUGGGCCAACACCAAAUACAUUGGAUGUGCAAUCGCCAAAUGCUCAUCUUCCUACACGGUCAUAUGUCUUUAUGAUCCAAAAGGUAACAUCGUGGACCAAGUGCUUUACAUGAAAGGAAGUCCUUGUGCGGCUUGUCCUACUGGUACGACAUGCGACAGCGCUAUUGGACUCUGUGUGCCGAGAUCAUAAUUCUUAACAACUAUGACUGCUUAUUCUGCCUUUUCUUUAGAUUUUUCCUACUAUAUGGGGGCACUUCAUCUGUCAUAGUCGCUUUAGACAUUGUCUUUUACUCUUGCUAGUAAACUCUUUGUGGAGCGCUUCUUAUGCAUCUAUA